GAGGCUCAAAAUUCAAAGUCCUCUUCAGAAAGCGCCGAAGGGGCUUUUGACUCCUCGGCCGCAGUAGUUUCACACGAUGGCCCUUCUACUAAUGAGCCUCACGAGGAGGAGUUUAAGCUCCCUUCGGUGUUCGAGGAAAGCGAAAGGCUUGGGCCUGAAGUGGCUGAGGUCAUUGCUCAACGUGUCGAUGACGCAUGCUCAAAAAGAGCCAUGGAUUCAAAGUUAAAGGAUCUGUACGAGAAGUAUAAGACUCCUGCUAAUUGUAAAUACUUGUGUGAACCAAAAAUUGUGGCACGAUUUGUCUAA